UCAUCGUAGUGUAGGCGUCACACUAGCUGCAUGCGUGCCUUGGCUGGUGCUUCAAUUUAGAGUUUACAUUCACAGCACACACGCACUCACAUACGCCGAGCCAUGGCUUCAGUGAGUGUGGUAGGACCAGGACAACAUCGACCGGCUCCCGACCACCAGCUAGUCUUUCAUAAACUAAAGGCCGCCGGGAGGAAUAAAAGAACGUUACCGUGGAAAUCCUCCGUGGACAUCAUCCUCGGGAAGAGCUCGGUGACGCGGGAGUGCGUUUCUGUUUCGGCGGUAUCAGCAGUCACAGCAUCCCCACUAAACCCGUCCCUGACCCCGGGACAACAAGGAGCCGCAGCCGGGGUAGGAGGGAGGGAUCCCGGGGUGAGGCGUGAGGCUCAGCCGGUGCUGGUGCCACGUAGUUCAGACAGAGAGAGCGACAGCAGCAGCCCUGACUGUGGAGACACUAAAGCGGCGAGGGAGAAGGACACUGGUCAAAGCGGACGGAGCGGUAGAGGGAAUGACUCAACCCGUGAUCGAAGGAGUUCCCUGAAGAUCCUUACAAAUGUUAUGUCAAGCACGUCAGCUAACACACAGAUGACAGACGUCAAGUGUGACAGAUCAAGCGCGCCAACAAACGGACACAUGGGAGCACACUCACAUCGGGACCGUCCGGUCAGAAGGCGCGCAUCCCACAAUGGUCAGACCACUAGGCUGGUGACCAAAGGGGACACCGGGGGACCACCGCUGGAGCGGUUGACACAGGGAAGGACCGGGGUCGUUAAACUCGCGCGCACAGAAUCCCACCGAAGGGAGGUCUGGUCAAUAUUUGGCUCCGAGGAGCAGGAGGACGCGCGCGUGCGGUCGGAGACAGGAGAAGGCCACACGUUUGGGACCAGAACCGUGACUCAAGACUGGUGCGACGUCUGUAACCAGCGGAUCAGUGUUCAGCAGGCGCUCAAGUGUAAAAACUGCAACUACACCUGUCACCAGGAGUGUGGCGGGCGGGUCCAGCUGGACUGCAACCAGAGAGACAGCAACCCACGGGAAAGGACAUCUCCCAGAAGACACUGCUCCACGCCUCCUCAGUACAAGCAGAAAGACGUCGAAGAGGAGAGAGGGCCCAAGGCUCUGUCAGAGGAAGAAUUACGGGCCAAGAUAGAGGACUACAACUCUACGGUCUCAGAGAAUGGCAUGAAACUGGGUGCUGAUGGUUUGUACACUGGCUUCAUUAAGGUACACCUCAGACUAAGUCGACCAGUCACGGUGCUUGCUGUGGAGGGGACAGGAUUAGACGGCCAGGCGGAAAGACGGCCAAUGACUGUGUCAGAGGGCCAGGAGGGGGCGGGAGCAGGGUUCAGUGAGAAGCGGACGUCGUUCUACCUGCCCAGUGACUGUGUGAAGCAGAUCCACAUCAGUAGUACUACCACAGUCAGGGAGGUCAUACAGGGCCUGCUGAAGAAGUUUAUGGUGCAGGAUAACCCACGCAAGUUUGCUCUGUACAGACAGACACACCGCGAUGGACAAGAUCUGUUCCAGAAGCUUCCUCUUGUGGAGUGUCCUCUCGCUUUGAGACUGGUGGUGGGUCCAGAUCCUGAGCUGCUCAGCUUCGUCCUCAAGGAGAACGAGACUGGAGAGGUGGAGUGGCAUGCAUUUUCCGUUCCUGAGCUGCAGAACUUCCUGGUGAUUCUGGAGAAGGAGGAGGCAGAGCGUGUGCGAUUGGUGGAGCAGAGAUUCGCAGUCUACCGACAGAGCUUGCAGAAGGCAUUACGGGAGGAUCAACCCUGACCCCUCACCCUUCAUCUCUCACUGACCUUUCAACCCUCACCCUCUUUUGACCCAGGGAGAGACGGGAGCCCACUGAGGCUUAGAUUACUAUUCUCCCCUCAGGACACGGGCAGCCCCUCCCUCACUCCUCACAUCCCCUCUGGAGAAGGGAGGCGGGUUUGAGAAAGCAUGGAAAGGGGAAAAGGGACUGUUUGAGGGAUGAGUGGACAGGAUGCUAGAACAAAAGAAGUCUGUGCAUCCCUGUGAGUAAAAAGACACUGAACUGAAGGACCGACCGUCUGACUUCGUUGGGGCUCGGAUAUCUUGGUUUGAUCUGACAAUCUGACAUGAUGGGUCUUCUAGUGUUACAUUGAAUCUCAGUUUGGUCUGAGAAUGUUUUGAAGAUUCUACUGCUGCUGCCGCUGCAAGUGUUGCUUACGCAUGAGUCUCACCUUGCUCUAUCUGCCCCGGUGCCCAUGCAUAAAGAUUUAGGUGUGUGGACCAUUUGAAAUGUUCCGUUACUUGAUGUUUAUUAUAUCAACUCUCAUGUUGUCCCUGCAUGCCUUGUGUCCAGGGCCGAGGGUAGGAUGGGGGGGUUGUCAUGGUUGGAUUGGGAAGCAGGGUUGGUAUGGUGGGGUACAUCUCUGUAGGAUUAGGGUGUGGAAAAAGAAACACCAGAAUCCAUUCUCAUCUUCAGACUCCUCUCAUAUCAGUCCCAGGGAUGUACAGCAGUGUUUCUCAUGGAACCGCUCUAUUAAGCCCAGAAGGCUACAGAAUCGUAAGAAGACUUGAACAUCUCUGUCCCAACUUCUUUAUCCAGCACUGAAAUGAACCCUCUAUCUCAGGCGGCUAACUUGCACUUAACCCUGCGUCUCCCUCUACCAGAGUAGCCAUGCUAGUGUGGGAGGUCUUGUGCAGACAGACGUGUAUUUCAUAGGUAGAUGUUAUUCCCAUCUCUUCAGACAGCCAUUUGUGUACCCUGACAGCAGUCACACACAUA